CGCGCGAUGGGCAGCAUGGAGACAAGCGUCGCUGCGCUGGAGAGGCGGGUCCGCGGUUGCCUGUGCGACUUCGGCUUCGAGGUUUCUCCCCUCAAGGUUGGGUGGUACAAUGCUGUUCUUCAGCCGUCCUUUCACCUCCGAUACUCCGAGGACACCCUGGCAUUCAUUGUCCUCAGCACCCCCUCAAUGUUUGACAGAGCCUUUAAACCCUUUGUGGACAAACAGCUGCUGAAAAAAAUCAAUGACCCAGUGGAUCAAUGCGUUUCUUAUCAUCUGUCACUCGUGAAGGAGAGUCUCCCUGACCAGAGGGUGGACAUCAUCUAUGAUUAUGAGAUCCUGCCAAACCGGAAGCCCAAGUUUCUGGCCCAGACAGCUGCCCAUGUGGCUGGAGCAGCAUAUUACUACCAGAGGAAGGAUGUGAGGUGUGAUCCCUGGGGAGAAAAGAAGAUCUAUGGUGUUUGUAUCCAUCCCCGGUACGGAGGCUGGUUUGCUAUCCGAGGUCUCCUCAUAUUCCCAGAUGUUCAGGUGCCAUUCCUGGAGCAGGUUGCCCCUGUUGAUUGUGUGGCCUCGGAGGAGAAGCGAAUAGAGCUGCUGGAGAAAUUCAAUUUCCACUGGCGGGACUGGAGCUAUAGGGACAUCAUUGAAGUGAAGGAACGGUACUCGGAGGAGCAGAAAGCCUACUUUGGAGCUCCUCCAGCAGAGAGAUUCAAACUGCUAGAGCUGCAGGGAGUUGUCCAGAGAAGUGUGUACUGCUGA